UCCAAGUGUUGGGCUGUUGGCAAGGAACGAAGCUUUAAUACUUGGCUAGAAUUAAUAGAAAAGUGCUAAUAAUGCCUAAAGAGAGAAUAAAAAAGAAAUCCAGGCAACAUGGACAAGUUACAAGCCAAGGAAUUCAAUUCAAGACUGAUCUCGGUCAGCAUAUUUUGAAAAAUCCCCUUGUUGUGAACAGUUUGGUGGAAAAGGCAGGGUUGAGAUCAACAGAUACAGUUCUUGAAAUAGGUCCUGGUACAGGAAAUAUGACAGUGAAACUGUUGGAAAAGGUUAAAAAGGUAAUUGCUUGCGAGGUUGAUCCGAGAUUGGUUGCUGAGUUAAAGAAAAGAGUGCAGGGAAUGCCAUAUGCUUCAAAACUGCAGGUGAUAGUUGGAGAUGUGUUGAAAGCAGAACUGCCAUAUUUUGAUGUCUGUGUUGCUAAUCUUCCUUAUCAAAUUUCAUCCCCAUUUGUCUUUAAGCUUCUACUUCACAGACCAUUUUUCAGGUGUGCUGUUCUGAUGUUUCAAAGAGAAUUUGCUCAGAGAUUAGUUGCCAAACCUGGAGAUAAAUUAUAUUGCAGACUGUCCAUAAAUACUCAAUUACUAGCAAGAGUUGAUCAUUUAAUGAAGGUGGGUAAAAAUAAUUUUCGACCACCACCAAAAGUUGAAUCAAGUGUUGUCAGAAUUGAACCGAAGAAUCCACCUCCACCAAUCAAUUUUCAGGAAUGGGAUGGUCUUGUCAGAAUAGCUUUUGUCAGAAAAAACAAAACUUUAGCUUCUUGUUUCAGUUCAAAAGCUGUAUUAGAGUUGAUAGAGAAAAACUACAGAAUUCAUUGUUCACUGAACGAAAUAUUCCUGGAGGAUAAUUUUGAUAUUAAACCAAAAAUUCAGAAAAUUUUAACAGACAACGAUUACGAUAAACGAAGAGCAAGAACGAUGGAUUUAGAUGAUUUCUUGGGGUUAUUACAAUUGUUUAAUUCAAAUGGCAUUCAUUUUGCUUAAAAGUUGCGUGGUGUGGAGAAUGAGCUGUGGCAAGAGAAGGUACGAUUCAGACGUCGUUCUACGAUGAAUUUGCUGUUUACGUGCAUCAUUUCGUAAAUAUUAGUGGACAUUUCCUGAAUGAGACUUUCGCAGCGUGGGUCGUAGUAGAGCGUGUAGGUAGAAAUCCUGGCUUGCGAGGUUGCAAUUAUAUAAACCAUAAAUCACGGAGAUUCUCCCAUGAAUGAAGAAUAAUAUUUGUCCUGUAUCUUUGUUGUACAAUUCUUUGCUGAAGAAUAAUAUUUGUCUUGUAUCUUUGCCGUACAAACUUUACGCUGAUCCAGGAACUUAGAUAUGCUUAGUUUUACCAGACGCAACCUAAUGUUUCAUCUCUUCGAUGUGAAAAAUUUCUCAAUUUUUUAUCAAAAAGGAAAGAAUAUAUAUCGCUUUUCUUCUGUAGUAAUUUUAGUUUUUCUUAGAAGUGAUCUUAGUCUGACUGAAAAAGCAGUCUCGAUAAUGUGGAAAGUCUUCAAUACAUAGAAAAUAAAUUAGGUUUGAAAAAAUUCCGGCUUUCGAAUUUGUACAUCGUCAAGUACUCCGGUACAAUAUAAGAAGUAUAUACAUGCUGAAG